UUUUGCGCGCGGAUCCCGCCCUCUUGCCUUUUAGCCCGCCUCUUUUGCUUCUGCGCGCCGGUAUAUGAUUGGCUGCUGAAGAGCCUUUCCUUCUUUUAGCCUUUCUCUGCUUGGGGAGCAGCGGCCAAGAUGAAUGACACGGUAACCAUCAGAACAAGGAAGUUCAUGACAAACAGGCUACUUCAGCGGAAGCAGAUGGUGAUUGAUGUUCUUCAUCCUGGAAAGGCCACAGUCCCCAAAACCGAAAUCCGUGAAAAACUGGCCAAAAUGUACAAGACGACACCAGAUGUCAUUUUUGUCUUUGGCUUCAGGACUCACUUUGGUGGUGGGAAGACAACAGGGUUUGGCAUGAUUUAUGAUUCCCUGGACUAUGCAAAGAAGAAUGAACCAAAGCAUAGACUGGCCAGGCAUGGCUUGUAUGAAAAGAAAAAGACUUCUAGAAAACAGCGCAAAGAGCGUAAGAACAGGAUGAAGAAAGUCAGGGGAACGGCCAAAGCAAACGUUGGGGCUGGCAAGAAGAAAUGAAGUGUCUAGCAGUGAGCCAGCUAGUGGAUUUAACAGAAAAACUAACUUAUCCUGGCCUGAAAUCUAUGAAGAUUACACUGACUUAUCAGCAGUUCUUCAAAUAAAUUCUAUACAAAAAAACAA